GUGUACAGUCGGCACGGAAUCAGGGGAGCAACGUUCCCCCGAGUGCAUUCGCCGAGUGCUAGAGGAAUCAUUACCACGACGGACCUCGAGGAGAAUAGACGUGUUUUCCGUUCGCUCAAGCUCAGUCGAGAUUACUCGUGUUUUAUACUCGUGUUUUCUACGCUUUCUCCCCACCGGAUAUCUCCGUCAUCUCAACGUUUAUUCGUACGCCAACGCUUCGCUCAAACCCCCCCCCGUGCGAUCGAAUAUUUCGCGGUACUCGCGGUCGAGUAUUUUUCAUUAUUUCACAUUUUUCGGCACACUUUCCAUCUCGAUUGGUCGGCCGCUGCUCGCGGAGCCUGCUUCGAGUACACAGUGAUAAAGCUCCCGGAGAGUGAUCGACGAGACUCGGGAACGAGGCGAUAAUAUCGUCGGGAAAUAAACUCUUUUUUGUCGAAAGUGCUCGAGGCCUCGAAGCACGUGGAGACGGGUGAAACUUUCGGAGGCACCGACUCACCAGAACUUUACUGUCAUCCACGACGCUCUUUUUACUGAAUUCUCGUCGAGCACGAGUCACUCUACCAACGAGAGCUGAGAACAUAUAUCGCAAAACGAACAAGUGCGGCCGAUCAUUCGCUACACCAAACCGCGACGAUUUUAUCGAAGUUUCUUCUUCGGUCGUGUCGGCGGCGUGCCAAGAGCCCGCUAAUCAAGACCUAUGGAAAUAGAUCCAUUCGAGGAUCCACCUUACAGGCGAUUUAGACGGCGAUUUUGAGCCGCUUCGAUCAAUCGAAUCGACGCGAUCUCGCUCUCAACUACGUUUAUCAAGUUUUUUUAUAUCCACCGGGGAAUAAAAACGCUUUUUUCUUUCGUUAAAAUAAGAAAAGAAAGAGUAUCGACGAGGAGGAAAAGUGCGCGAUAAACGUUUACAGAAAGUGCGCGCACUUUGCCGCGUGUGUUGUGUGUGAAGAGAGCAACGUGCGCCGCUCGAGCCGAGCCACGUGCUCUCCUCCUCUGCGCUACUUCAUUCCACCCUCGACCACUGAACAUGACACUUCGGAACUCGAAGCCUCUCCUCGAAAAGUGAACCUUGUGCUACUGCGAUUAAAUCGUCUCGAAAGAAACUCACUUUUUCCUCGAAUGUAACGAGACGUUUUGUGCUACUGAAUUAUUAUUUUUCUACGCUUUGUGAUAGUGCUCGAUACAAAGUUCGAUCCUCGACGAAAAUCUCUUCAAUUUUUGUAGAACUCACGCUUUUGUGAAUAAAAGACUCCUCGGAAGAAUAAUCGUCUGUUGAAUAGACAAAUCAUCGACUCAACAUGGCAAGACCUUUUGCCUUGCCGUCCGAAGACGAAGCCGAGGUCCAGGAACAACAACUCGAGCAACUCAUGCUCGAUCUGUACGCUGCGCUUCAACAAGUCCUUCGAAGAAGAACGCAGCAUCCAUCUCGAAAUCAUCGUUUGCCUCGUCGACCAGGCGAUACUCCCGGCAGCCGUGAACAUCCGGUGGUCCUCGUCGACUCGGAUCUCUCGAGGCUUCCACUUCCGGAUCUUGUGCUUUCCGCAGUCGACCAAUUGCCACCCGCCGCACCUCAGGUAACCGUUUCCGCCCCCAGCAGUCCGACCCGCGACGCUGCUUUCCAAUUUCCCGAAUUCAGCCCACCGGUACCGAGCCCAAGGCCACGACCGCGGAGACGAAGACUCACGUCCGAGGGCUCGGCACUCGAAAAGGGCAGAAAUGAAAGCACGAACGUUCGGGGCAACUCCUGUCGACAUCUCAGCCCGUCAAUCAGCGAGAGGGAAUGGGCCAACGUCGGAGCUAAUCUCAGAAACAUUGCUGACGAUUUUCACGCCUCCAAGACCAAGGACGCCGAGAUCGAGAAAUCGAGGCUUCCGUUCAUCGGCGGGAGUUUUCCGGGUGUUACAGCCCCAAGCGCCCCAUCCUCGGACAGCAUUUUGUCGCUUCUAAUACCAGCACCGUUGCGCGAGACUCUGUGGACGACGGUGGCUCUCUAUCUCGGUUGGCGGUUGGUCUCGCGUUUACGAUAGAGAGCAGCCAAAAGCAGCAAGAAUCGUAACGAUGCUUGCGAACCGAGAUAAACGAUCGUUGAAUCAUUCAAGCCGUUCGGCGACGAGCCCAAAAGAAGAGGGCGAAAGCCAAGAAAAACGAGAGUCCGGGCGAUAUUGAAAGAAAUAAAAAAAAUAAAAAAAAAAAAAAAACAACAUCGCCUGCGAUUUUCGUAUCCGAGAACAAAAAAACCGAACGAGUCUCGAAAAACGUGAAUUUCGAGACUUUUCGAAACGAAAGAAACAAACGGCUUGAUUCGGUUUGGCAAUGAAUUCCGGAUCUUAGUCCGACCCUUGCGUGGGGCAACUCCCUGACGCAAAUUUCAACAACGAAAGAAGAACGAUACAAUUGUAGGACGAAGAAGACGAAGAAGAAAAGAAAAGUAAUGAAAAAGACCGAAAAGCAGCGACAAAAAUUGGUCAAAUUUUUCAACGAUUUCCUCGUCGUAUCGUCGAUCUUUUUUUUUGUUCUUCUGCAGUACUUUUCAAAGUAUCGCAAGUCCCAAAAAAUUGGGCCUUCUCGUUCUACGUCGAAGCAACGAUAAGCGAGAAUGAAAAGAAAAACAAACCAUUAUUAUUGCGUUAAUAGUAAUAAUAAUCAUAAUAAUAAUAAUCACAAUAAUAAUAACAACAACAACAAUAAUAAUAAUUAUACAAAUAUUAAUAAUAAUUACAACAAUAAUGAGAAUAUUAAUAAUAAUAAUAUUAAUGAUAAUACCGAUAAGAAUAAUAAUCAUUCGAAGAUGUCAACGCGACCGAUCGAGAGUAUUAUUUUCCAUUUAUUUCUUCCGUACAGACGGUGGAUCGAAUCGCGGUUAUAUCGGACGCGACAAAUUUGUAUUUUGUAUAAAUUACCCGAGGAAGGAGGGGCGGAGGGGGUUCGCGAAGACAAAAGAUUUGCUGAAUUUCCUUUUUUUAAUAUAUAAUAAUAAAUAUAUAUAUUUUUUUUUAAUUGUAAUUUGAACGCCAGGGGAGGGGGUUAAGGACGAGAUCCAAAGAGGACUUAACCGAAUAAUCAAAUGAUGAUCUCAUUACGGAUAAAACAAGCAAAAGAAAAAAGAUAGCAAACAAAGAGGAAUAAGCGUAAGGUUACAGUGUUUAUUAAUGGUGUGAUAUUGAAGAGAUAAAUGAAUAAAUAAAUAUAAAGUUAUAUAAAUAUAUAUAUAUUCGCAUAUACAUAUUUAUAUUGACAUAUAUAUGUAAACAUAUAUGUGUAAAAUCACGUUUUAAGGGCUGCUUAAAGUCUCCCGAAAGUCUCUUUUCGUUGUGAUGAUCUAAGGCUGCGAAGUCUGACCGUGUCUCGACUCGUUCUACUCGGAUGCUUGAAACUUCGAGAUUUUUCUCUAUUUAUUAAAGGAAAAUUCGAUAAUACUUUAGCCGAUUAUGUAUGAAAUUGAUAAAAUUACUCCAAACGAUCACUGUGGCUGUUAUACUUUUACGAUUGUGAGAGGAACGAGUCUUGAGAGGUAAAACGAAAAUAUCGAGGAGGGCGAUGGUGAUUGUGAAUUUUGAAAAAACAAAAGAAAAAGAAAAAGUUAAAAUUACGUUAGAUGAGAAAAGGAUAAGUGGAGAAAAACAUUCAUUACGUGGAGUAUGUAUAGAGAAAUGAGGGAGACGAAAGAAAAAUCGCUAAUUAAAAAACAAAAAAAAAAACAAACAAAAAUUGCGAGAAGUUGAGCAUCGGUCAUAAAUUCAAGAUUUUUCUUUUGGUUUUUUUUUUUUUCGUUCGUUCGUUUGUUUAAUUUAAACGAUAAAAGUAGAUAAUUGACAUAUUAUAUGCAUAAAUAUAUUUAUAUAAAUAUAUGUAUAUGUGUGUACGUAUAUGCAUUUUUUUUAAAUAAUGAAAAAUCAUGUACAUAUAUGUAUACACAAAUAUAUAGACCCGAGGCACGCAGCAUCUUGAUUGGCUCGCUGCGAGGCCUGUGGACAGUUUUCAAAUGAUCUCCGGUAGCUUAGCUCUUACAGAGAAGUCCUCGUUCACUCGUAGACACUUUGGACGAGGCUAAUCUCUCUCCCAACCCCUCCUUUCCCCUCUCUCUGACCCUUUUCAGCUCCCUUUUUUAUCUCGGUGACGUAAAAAUUCUCUGCUCUGUCCAAACGAAACUAUUUUCUUUCUCCACCUACUUUUCUACUAUUUUUCUAUCAUUCUACCAGGUCUAUUUUUCCUUCGAAAAAAACCACCUUUGCUUGUCCACAUCUUUCGUUGUUUCGACGCGAAUUAUUUUUCUCGUGAUACAUGAAAAAAAUGAGGGUUAUGAGCGAAACAACGAGAGAGAUUGUCCAUUCGUUUUUGUUUUUUUUUUCUCUUCUUUUUAUUCUCUUCCAAUCUUUCUUAUCCCAUUUGUCCAUCGAUGCUGAAUGAAAAAGAUGAAAAAAAUAAAAUAAAAAAAAAAAACGUAAAAAAAAAGAAAAGAAAAGAAAAGAAAAGAAAAAAAAACGCGUAACGUAAUGAAUAAUGAUAGUUAAAUAUAAAUUAAACAAAAGUACACUCGUAAAAUCGUCCGUAAUAAGUAUUUCCAGUGAGUAAAGAGAAUAGUAUUUAUUUAGAUUGUAAUAAUGAUGAUACACGUCUGUAUUUUUCAAUCAGCUGAUGAGGCCUACGAAUCAAUAUUAUACGUAUAAUAUAAUAACACGCAUUAUACAUGAAUAUGAAUAUAAAUAGAUAUUCAUGUAUAUGAGUGGCUCGUCAAUUUUAUUUCGAAACUUAAUGAAAAAACUGCCAUUCGUGUCUCACCGAGAUGCGGACAAUUCCACUGUCAAUAUCUGCCCUUAUAUUCGUUUCUCAAACGCUCUCUGUCACUCGUUCGCUCUUCGCCUGUUUUCACACUCGUAUUUUCUCGCUCUCCCCUCCCACCUCUUCGAUUUUCCUUUUAAUUCGUUAGUCGAGGGUAUUUUGCGGUCAAAUGCCCUCUACCGAUAAAACGCCUCCCCCUGCCCCGUUAUUCUACCUCUUUCAAUCGAUAUUAUUAUGGCCUUCCUCCAAAUUGAGUUUUUUUCCUCGGUCGCGGUGAGCACGAUCACAAUUCACUUUCGUUCGUUCAUCUUCUCAUCCCAACUGUCUUCACGUCCGAAUGAGAGGAUUAUGGCUUGCUCUGAAUAAACUUAAUGUAAGAUUGUCCCCGAAGGACGAAGACGAAGAGAAAAAAUAAAAGCAACACACGAAUAAGGAAAAAAAAAAAACAAACACUUAGCCUAUAGAUAAAUAUAAAAUAAAAAUAACGAAGUACGAAUAUAACGAUUAUGAAAGAAAUCAAUGGAAAAAAGCUUCUCGAGACAGGGGACCUGUCGCGAUCGAAUUUUUUUUUUUUUUUUUUUUUUUUUUUUUUCUGCGAGCAAAAGGACGCGUGUAAAUAUUCGCUUUUGUCCGAGAGAUGCUCCUCCCUCCCCCAGCUACGAAUUCAGCGACCCCCUCCCCCGAGCCCACUGCCCCCUUGUGCAUUUACAGCAACGAUUUAAGGGAAGACGAAAAAGGUGGAAGCUGCAGGUCGACUUAAAAAUUACUUUCAUAAAGUUUGUUCUGACACAGCCAUAAAAUUUUGCUCCGUAUCGACUUUUCUUCUUCGCCUUUUUUUUUUGCUUUGCUUCGUCUUCCUUUAUCGCGUUGCAACUACUUUCGUUCGAUAAAGUAAGUACGGACAUUUAGAAAUUGUAAGCGAUUUGUAGGAACCUUGUUUUUUUUUAAGCUAUUAGCCAGCCAUAUUGAGAACGUAAUACUUACCGGACAAACAUUGAUCACGGAAGGAGGAUUAUAUAUAUAUAUAAACACAUUUAAGGAGGCGCGAGCCCACAUACACACAUAUGUAUGUAUAUGUAUUAUAUACUUGUGUACAUAUAUAUGUGUAUGUAUAUUUAUAUAUGUGUAAAUGUUUUUUUAAAAACGACACCGACGUGAUGAAGAGCGUGAGGUGUAAAUUUGUUUCCUCGGGGAGGGGCGAGACAGGCGAUUGUCUCGUGACGAUUAACGAGGAGGUGAUUGGCGCGAGGGGACUUUGAGUCGACGAAAGUAUGAAAAAUUAUCAUGUUUUAUUUAUUUAUGUAAAUUUUUCAGUUCUCUUAUCGUUUGCCUUUUUCUUUGUAAAAUUCAUGUUUUCGGCGAUUUCGUUCUCUUUUCCUCGGUAAAAAUGAAAACGUAGUUUUUUCGUCUGGUCGUCGUCGUAGAUGACUAUAAAAUAAAAAUGAUGUUGAAUAAUGCGCUGAUUAUGAGAAUUAUUAAGAUGCGAGUUUGAUGAUGAUAGGAUGAGAGAGACUACGUCGUUUUGUAAGGCGAGAAAGGUGGAAAAGAUAAGCUGUAACUGUGACUAUGUGGAUCGUGGGGAGCAGGCUGUGCCAUUCGUGUCUCGUUCGUUGUUUAUAAAUUCUUUUAUUUCAUUUACAUUUUACUCGCGUGAAUGUAUAACGAGAAUAUACUAAUAUGAAAUUGACUCGAUGAAGGGGAAAAACAUGGUGGAGCUCGUGGUAGAGCGUCGGAUCGAUUGAAAUAUUUAUUUUUUUCUCUUUCCCUCAUACGAAAUCGAACGAGGAGUUUUGAAAAGGAGCAACGAGCACCGAGACACUACAGCCCGCUCGCCCGAGAUCCCCGCGCGUCAAAGCGUCACUGUGAUCUCGUAAUUAUUAACAAAUAUAUUCUAAUUGUAGAAGAAGAAAAACGAAACAAUAUUAAUCGUAUGAAUAUUGUAAUCCCAAAUUUUCACCCCCAUUUUGUGUCCCUUCCUUGUCCCUUAUUCUUCACCCACCCCCUCGAGAACGAGGCUGACAUUGUUUUUCCUCAUCCUACCCAUUUCCCAUGGAAAAGAAAAAAAAACAAACAAAAACCAACCAACACUUUGAUAACGAAUGAAAAUAUUGCGAGAAAACUUGUACACGAAUCCACGAACAACAUAGUACAUGCGAUAAUACUUAUUGAAAUAACGAAAGCUCAAAAGAAUAUGGCUACGUUGAAUUUUUCGAUGAAUCCAAUAACACAAAGCACACUCAAUGUUCACACAUACAUUUUCAAAUGAUCUCCUGGAGGCACGCAGAAUCGGUGACUUUGGAUUUUUCAAACGUUUAUUCAUAUUUGUAAAAACAAAAAAUAUAUAAAUAUAUAUAUAUAUAAAUUAAAAUAAAAAUUUCGAAUAUACAAAAAUAGAUGAAAACGAUGUUUUUUUGCUUUAUUUUUGCGUUUCUCUUUAUUUCUUCAUCUCUCUCUUUCUCUCUCUCUCUCUCUCUCUCUCUCUCUCUCUCUCUCUUUCGAAAACAACGACACUCCGAAGGAAAAUCGAAAGUCAACGUUACUCUUCGACCUCCUCAUAUAAAGUAUAUUUAUAUCGAUAUUGCGUUGAUUAUGUAUAGUAGCUAGUUUAUUAUUAUUAUUAUUAUUAUUAUUAUUAUUAUUAUUAUUAUUAUUAUUAUUAUUAUCAUUACUCUUAUUAUUAUCAUUACAAUUAUUAUUAUUGUCUUUAUUAUUAUAUUAUUGAAUUAUGAAUUAUUAUUACUAUUAUUAUUAUUAUUACGAUUAUUAUUCAUUACUCUCCAAUCGUUUUUCAUUACCGACCAUUGAGUCUUCGAAUUGCUAUCGUACCGUCGUACGUCAUAUAAAUGAGGGUCAGAUUUAUUCUGACACCGAAGCGGUAAUCGACUAGUCUUUACCGGACCAAGCAUUGAGAUUUUUUAAUUCAUUUUUUCGAUCUUUGUUUUCUACAAUUCCACAAUGGAUAUUCUCUUUUUUCUUUGACGCUCUAUCGUUUCGUACUCGUCUCAGGUGUUCAUUGACUCUGUUUCUACUUCUCUCUUUCCCCCUCUCUUGCUCGUUUUUUUUUCGAUUUUAGUUUUCUCACUGGCCUCGAAUGCGUUGCUUUUUUUUUGGUUUUCCUUUCGCUUCCUUUCUUCUGCAGGCUUCGUCUGAUUCUUGUUAUUUUUGGGAAUGUCGAAUUUGGCAAAAAAAAUGAAUUUAUUUGAGAGGAAAAACUUGCCGAAUGGUAGACGAGAAUCGCGUUGUUCGUAGCCAAAUGUCCCGUGGACCAUAAAGACCGCCCUGCUUUAUCGUCCAGAGCUUCGCGAGCGAUUUAAACGGGGACGAAACAAAAGUAAUUUGUCCUCGGAUCGCUCAGAACGAAAAAUUGAAUGAUUCUGGGAGAGAAAGUGCGGGAAGGAAAAAGAGAGAGAACGAAAUUGUGUGCAUUGAUGAAUGAUCGAAGGUUUUUCAAAAACUCGAAUUUCUCGUAUGCAUGCUUUUGAUUCUGCGUGUGUGUGUGUGUGAAUGGUUGCAUGGGCAGAGUACAUUUUUCAAGGGAAGGAGGAUGGAAGGAUGGGAGAAGGGUAUAAAAAUACUCGCGUCGUAGUCAAAGCUCGCAAAUAAACAUUGUGAUAAAGUCUGGACUUUGAACAUAGCCACUGACCCCGAUUAACCGUAUUUUUGCAAAAAGUACAUGAUUUCGUUCCUGCCCCAGCCCCUUGCAGGAAAUCAAAGUAAAUGAACUAUUGAAAGGAAUGAAAAAUUGAUAAAUGAGAUAUAAUCAAUAUGAAUAUUAAUUAAGGUGCUCUGUCGCUUGUUCAGUCGGUAAAAAUCCUGUUGCACGGUUUAUUCCGGGUAGCUUGAUAUUUGAAAGAAAAUAUGAGUUACACGCUAUUCUCAUUUUUUCAGAGAACAAGGUGUAACCUUCAUUUUUCUCAAAAAAUCAAGGGCGUCCAAGUAAACCGUGCAACCAUUUUGCAGUUAUCUCUCUCGCACUCGCGCAAGUGAUAGAUCACCUUAAAUACAAAUGUUCGUUUGUAGAUUAAAAAAAUAAUAUUCAGAGUCGUAUAGAGAAAAUUUCGGGAAGAAGGCUUGGAAAUGAGAGGGAGAAAGGGAUGGGAGAGAUUCAAAAAUUUCAUCAUUAUGGGAAUGAGAUUUUUUCUCGUUGUUCGUUUUUUAUUCGUCCAGCUGACCAAUCCAAAGAAGUGACCAAAUAUAUUAACGAGGGAGAGAACGAAUGUUUGCGAGCUGUUGGCUAACGGCGCACGAGCUCAAUUUCGAUACUCCAUUUUUUAAUGCCUUUUUUUUUUGUUUUCGUUUACAUAUUUUUCUACUCCUUGAUAUUUGUCGUUUUUUUCUUCUUCUUCUCUUCAUACUUUUUUGAUACUCCGACUCGUGUGAUAAUCGAUUUGGACGGUGGGAGGGCGGUCACGUGAUAUAUUUGUACAACGCUAUCUCGUAUUUGCAUUCGGGCGAGAGGUUUUGUUUUUUUUUUUCUUUAUUUUAUUUUUUUCAAACUUUCACAUCUCUUUGGAAUUGGGGAAAAAAUUUUUUCUGUUUCUUUCGUCGUCUUUAUUCGUUUUUCUUCCCUCUCUACUUCGUCUUUUCUCUACUCAAUAACAUCGCUACCUGCCGGCCUGAAAACAUGCCAUGUGGAGUAAUAAUCUUAAUGAAACAUGAAAAAAAAAAAAAUAAAUAAAAAAUUAAUUGUAUUUCGCAAGGGAACAUUGUCGAUAGUAAUAAUCACAUUCGCCACUUUCUCUUUCUUUCCCAUUCUUCCUUCUCUCUUCUCUCUAUCCCCAACUUUGUUCUCCCUCGAUCUGCUUAUUUUCAUUUCGCAAACUCACGGUUUAUAAUCGUUCACGAUGAUUACGGUUUUCGCCUCCUCGUGGCUCUGCUUAUUCCGGCCAUGUGCAGGAUUCACAUUUACUGAAAUCUGGACGAGACGAAAAACUCAUGGAUGCACGAGAUCGAAGCGAUAAAAUUGCCGAUCGAGCGAGCGUAAGCGAGAGAAAAAAGGGAAGAAGAAACGUGGAAAACCUAAUCAUACGAUGCUGUGUUAAUUAAGUCACUACGGACCAUACGUUAUUGCUACCUUUUUAUUUUUCAUCUACGACCAUCUAAUCGUGUUAUUAAUUUUAUUAAGAACAUCAUUUUUUCUACUUCUUUAUUUCAAACGAUGAGGAACCAUGUACCACGAUGAUUUGUAUUAUUACCAGGAUAAUAUAUAUUAUUAUUAUUUUUCUUUAAUCAUAUGUUGUCACGAAUAAUGAACGUGCAUCUACAUUGAUCGAUUAUUUUACAUAUAUAUAUAUAUAUAUUUAUAUAUGUACGAAUCGAAUGAUAAAUAAUACGGAAAACAAAAAUAUAUAUAUAAAUAAAAUGAUCGUCUCGCGUCUGCUGUCCUCGUCGAUGUGCGUUUUCGAAUCGCUACCGGUGGCUGAGCGCGCGCGAGGCCGCAAUAAUAAUAUAAACGAUACGAGCCUCAUUCCGCAGAGCGGUUUAUCGUAGGAACGAAAUAACAAAACGUCAAAUUUUUUUAUCCCUUCCCAGCGAGCCUGCUCCGAUCCUAAACGUCCUUCUCCUUCCUCUCCACCCACCAUGCGAUUUGUCAAAUACAAAGAUUUACGGACAGGGACAUCUCUCCGCUACCCGCAUGUCUUUCAUUGUACAGAUUUUUUCACUUUUAUAUAGUUAUGUAUAUCUCGUAAAGACGACAACAAGACAAAUUUUACAAGGUUAUGUGAAACGUCGAUUAUAAAACGCGCCGCUUUCCCCGGCCCUUCGUAGGCCUCUAUUGCGUCGCCAAUUAUAUUAUUGUACUUGAAACGA